UUCAGGUAAUCUGGGGCUUCUUUAUGUCAUUUCAGUGUCAGUCGUUUUAAGUUGCAGGCUCGAUUGUUUUGCUUCCUCUCGAGGCCGCCAUUAUUAUGUUCGCUACCGAGAAAAACAUCUAAUUGUUUGCGUCGACGCAAAUCUCUUUUAAAAGCGUUAAACGUUUCUUUGUGAUUCUAGUUUUGGGUGUAAAAAUUGAUUGUCCUGAAGUGUAGUAAACCCGUGUUAAGCUGAACAACGAUACGAGUCUGAAAACAGCGCGAAAACACGAAACGCCGCCUCACGCUGCUGUCGCUGCUUUUUCAUUCGUUCAUUCGCUGCUGACCAACUGUUGCAUGCACAUGAGGAGAAAUCCCAGAUGUCUCAGUUUUAUAGGAGAAACGACUCCGUUGACGGCUCCAUGAUGAGUUAUUCGGAAAAGCCUGAAGAUAUCACGAAGGAGGACUGGAUGGAGAAACUGAAUAAUGUGCACAUCCAGAGAGCAGAUAUGAACCGCCUCAUCAUGAACUAUUUAGUAACUGAGGGAUUUAAGGAGGCUGCAGAGAAGUUCCGGAUGGAGUCAGGCAUUGAGCCCAGUGUGGAUCUGGACUCCCUUGAUGAGAGAAUAAAGAUCAGGGAGAUGAUACUGAAAGGGCAAAUUCAGGAAGCCAUUUCUCUUAUAAACAGCCUUCAUCCAGAACUCUUGGACACCAACCGAUAUCUGUAUUUCCAUCUUCAGCAGCAGCAUUUGAUUGAGCUUAUCCGUCUGCGGGAGACGGAGGCUGCACUGGAGUUUGCUCAGUCACAAUUGGCUGAACAAGGUGAGGAGAGCAGAGAGUGUCUGACUGAGAUGGAGAGAACUCUGGCCCUGCUUGCAUUUGACAACCCAGAAGAGUCACCUUUCGGAGACCUUCUUAACAUGAUGCAGCGACAGAAGGUUUGGAGUGAGGUAAACCAGGCAGUACUGGACUAUGAGAACAGGGAGUCAACACCAAAACUGGCCAAGCUGCUGAAGCUCUUAUUGUGGGCACAGAAUGAACUUGACCAGAAAAAAGUCAAAUACCCCAAAAUGACAGACCUUAGUAAGGGCACAAUUGAAGAUCCCAAGUAAGAACUGGCAAAAACCUGGACAUCCGUGCCAUACUGUAACAUUUCCCCCUAUUUAUAAACAGUCAGUGAAUGGACCAUAUAUAUGAAUACGAAUUUGUUUGCAUCUCCUAAAAGAGGACUAACUUAACUGUAUAUUGUAUUAUAUUUUGAAAGCAAAUAUGCUAAUCAAAGUAAAUAUAUCAGAAAUGAAAUUAGCUGGACACCCAUUUGCAGAAUGAGAAAUAAUUCUAUACCAUUGAUCUUUUAUUUGCAAAUAUCCACUUCAUCUUUUUUUUAUGUAUUGUCAUUUUAUUUUAUUUUUAAUUUAUAUUCAAUUAACUCAGUGCUGCUUUUAUGGCUAAAUAAGAAGCGUAAAAUUGGUCACACGGUUUGAUUUAAAGGCAAAAACUAACAUGAAUCGAGGCAAGUUAAUUAUUAUUAGAAAUCGAUUUUCAGAAAAUUGGUAUGUAAAAAAUAAAUUUGAACUGAUGUCCAAAUAAGCUAGCAAGUUGUUUUUCUAAUAAUACUGAUACUUAAAACAGUUCUUGUGUACCUCAGGCUGGAAUGGAGGCUAUAUUUACUCAAAGCCCAAAGAACUGAAAUUUGAUUGUGGAGGCCUGUUGGUUACACUGUUUAUUAUCAGAGUGAUAAACUUAAGUCAUUUUCUAUAUGGAAAGUUUCAAGAAUUGUUCCAUGCUGGGAGUCAACACUUAAUUUGUAUGAAUUUAUGUUUUUUACAAUUGGUGUGUUGUUGGAGGUACAGUUUUCUGCAUGGAAUUUCUGCUGUGCCUUGUGUUGGUUGACUAGGCUAAGGUGUGAGUGUGUAUGUGUGUAAGAGAGAGAGAGAGAGAGAGAGACUAUCCUUGUAUUUUCACAUGGAAUGAAAAUGAGCCUGCUCAAAUGGUGAAUAAGAAAAUUAACAUUUCAGGUGAAUGGUGUUUUUUCUUUUUUGUUUUUCUUUUUUUUCCUUUAACUUAUUUAUAUUUUUUAGAUUUUCACAACAUAAGCUUUUGUAUUUUAAAUUCAUGUAUUCUUAAAGGCUAUUUGCUUCAUCACCCUUUUAUUUUAGAUUUUUACAUGCUACUGGAGUUUAUUUAUAGUUGUAAUUUUUACAUUAUUUAUUCAACAAUGCUUCAGCCUCCUGUUUUU